UCCUCGGAUCGAGAGUGUUCUAGGGUCGGCGAGGCGGCGGCGGCGAGCAGCAGCUGAUGUAACACGGCGAGGCGGCGCGAGCAGGUCAAGAGUAGUGGGUGUGAGCGGGUCGCGGAGUGUCUCUACCGUCAUGUUGGCCUCCACGCUGAGGGCGGCGGCCAGGCCGUGCCGCAGCUUGCUGCACUCCCAGGGACGAUCGAUAUUGACACAGGCGGUUCGGUCUCGCUCUCACCUCCCCCUCAACACUGUGGUGCUGUUUGUCCCCCAGCAAGAGGCCUGGAUUGUGGAGCGCAUGGGUAAGUUCCAUCGCGUCCUGGAGCCUGGCAUCAACCUGCUCAUCCCUGUGCUGGACAAGGUGAAGUACGUGCAAAGCCUCAAGGAAAUAGCUAUUGACGUCCCCCAGCAGGCAGCCAUUACUUCAGACAACGUGACUCUUAACAUCGACGGGGUGCUGUACCUCCGCAUCAUCGACCCUUAUAGAGCCAGUUAUGGGGUGGAGGAUCCUGAGUUUGCCAUCACCCAGCUUGCACAAACAACCAUGAGGUCAGAGCUUGGCAAGAUCUCGCUGGAUUACGUUUUCCGAGAGCGCGAGAAUCUCAACAUGAAUAUCGUGGAGGUGAUCAACAAGGCCUCGGAAUCCUGGGGCAUCACUUGUCUUCGUUAUGAGAUCCGUGACAUCCGGCUGCCGCAGCGAGUGGUGGACGCCAUGCAGAUGCAGGUGGAGGCUGAGCGAAGGAAGAGAGCCACCAUCCUGGAGUCCGAGGGUGUGAGGGAGGCCGAGAUCAAUGUGGCAGAGGGCAAGAGGCAGGCGCGCAUCCUGGCCUCAGAGGCGAACAAGAUUGAGCAGGUGAACAGUGCGCAGGGAAAGGCCGAGGGGCUGACCAUACUCUGCCAGGCCCUGUCACACAAGCAAGGUCUCAACGCUGCCUCACUCUCAGCUGCGCACUCCUACAUCGACGCGUUCCAGCAUCUGGCCAAACGCAACAACACCCUAAUACUGCCAGCCAACGCGGGUGAUGUGACGGGCGUGGUGGGCACAGCCAUCACCAUGUACAACGCCCUCGCCAAGACCAUCCACGCCAACGCAGACCAGAACCAGCACCCAACGGAAGGCUCGGAUGGUGGUAGUGACGAUUUAGACGCGCACUCACGUAUUGGAGAAUCAGCACCAUCGCAAUCGUCACCUUCGUCGUCGUAAUUGAAGUUGUUGUUAUUAGCGUUUUAGUUUUUUUUUCUGUUUGUUUGUAUGUUUGUUUGUUUGUUUGUUGGGUUGAGUUGUCUUCUUAGCCAUGGAGUAUUUGUAUGAUUUUUAUAGAUAGGCUGUUUCCUUUGAUUUCCCUACAUUCUUUUUCUUUCUAUUUGAUUUUCUUUUUUUCUUUUUUUCUGUCUAACAUCUUUUAUCAUCAUUAUUAUUAUUAUUUCCAUUGUAAUUUUUUUUUUAUAUGUUAUUGCUGUUUAUAAUUUUUUCAUUCUUUUUCUCAAUGUGUGUGUGUGUGUGUGUGUGUGUGUGUGUUAUUUUCUAUAUAAAUCUCAGGUUCUGUUAGCUUUCUUUUAUUUUGUGUGUGUGUGUGAGAGAGAGAGAGAGAGAGAGAGAGAGAAUGUUACUAGAUGAAAGUCAGCCACUAACUUGAGAGAGAAAAAGAGAGAGAGAGAGAGAAUAUGUUUACGAGCCACUAACUAACCUAUAAAAUGAGUGUGCUGGGAUGGGUAGACAAUUUUACCAUUAUAAUUAUUAAUGCCUUGCUAUAUAGAUGAACGUUGGGAUAGGUCGUCAAGCUCCUUUCGCUAUUCCUAAAGACAUUGUAUGCACUCUUGAUUGUAAAUAAAUAAGUCUUUUCCUAAU